AUGGCUGAGACCCCUGCAUGUGCCAGAGCCAUGUGGCUGCUGCACCUGUUGCUGGCCCUGCUGGCUCCUGUCACUGCUGCAGGCUGCCAGGGUGCUGAGCUCGACAGGCAGCUCAUCCUGGCCAAGCUCCGGGCCCAGGUCCUGGAGUAUCUGAGUCCCAGCAGCCCCAGGAGCAGGGCCCAGCAUGAGCGAAGGGGGAUGCACAGGAGGCACAUCUCAGGGACUCCAGCCCUCUGGGGCCAGGAGCUAGAGGACACCUCCCAGGUGAUACUUUUCCCCACCACAGAUGUGCCCUGUGAACCACCCCAGUCGGACGGGCUCCCGGAGGACGAGAGCGUUUUCACCUACCUCUUCCAGCCUUCACCUCACACCCUGAGCCGCGUGGUGACGUCCACCCAGCUGUGGUUCCACACCGGCCCGGUCCUCGUGCCCCCCGGCUCAUCAGCUGCUGUCAACCGUUCUGCGGUGGGGGCAGACGUGCUGAUCCUCUCGGGGCAGGGCCGGGUCACCGUGGCAGCCACUGUGGUGCAGGCAGCCGAGCAGUGGACGGUCUUUCACUUCGCUGCGCCCUUCCUGCGCUACGUCUGCCAGAAGCUCUUUGUGCUGCUGGUGCGCUGCCCGGACUGCCCCUGCACGGCUGACGCAGACAAGAUGCCCUUCCUCAUGGCCACCACCAAGCCCAAAGGGCCGGACAGAGCCCGCCGCUCCUCUGUGCCCUGGUCCCCGGCUGCCCUCAACCUACUGCAGCGCCCGUCAGAGGAUGCCGCAGCCCACGCUGACUGCCAUCGGGCCGCCCUCAACAUCUCCUUCGAGGAGCUGGGCUGGGACAAGUGGAUCGUGCACCCAAGCAGCUUCGUCUUCCACUACUGCCACGGCAGCUGCUCCGACGCCCACACCCUGAGCCACGCGCUGGGCUUCCGGCUGUGCUGUGCGGCCCUGCCCAGCACCAUGCGCUCCCUGCGUGUGCGCACCACCUCCGACGGCGGCUACUCCUUCAAGUACGAGACCGUGCCCAACAUCCUCACCCAGGACUGCGCCUGCAUCUAGGGCUGCCGGGGACCACGCAGCCCUGCGCUGGGCUCUGCCGAGCCGGCCUGACUCUCCUGGAGCUCCCCGCCUGGCUCCCUGAGAUGGGGUGGGUUGCAGUGGGGGGGCUGUUUUUCUGCUAUGCGGUGUGGCGGGGGGGGGCGCCAUUCCCCAAUCAUUCCCACAUUGGGAUGACCCAGCACGAUGGAGCUGGGCUCCCUCAACCAGGGCUAGCAGGUCAUUCUGACUGGAUCCCAACUCCGGGGGGGGGGGGGGUCAUUGCACUCAGCAAACCCAGCGGGCUCACACCUAGGAUGACCAGACGUCCUGAUUUUAUAGGGACAGUUCCGAUUUUUGGGUCUUUUUCUUAUA